CUACUACCAUGUGAUACAACCUGAUGCGAAUGUCAUAUUCACUAACAAGUCCCGGCCUGUCGGACGAGCCAUAGUCGUCGACAUAACCCUCCUCUAUAUUGUUACUGCCAUUGACUUCGCCCUCAUCUGGUCGAACAUCCACUGCUCUGUAUUUAUCAACCACGGACAGAAUCUUUGGACAGAAAAUGUGUUUUAUGGGAGUCCUGGGGUAACGACAAUAAUCAGUGCGGGUACAGCAAGCGCCGUCGGCACUAUCCUUGCGGAUUCUACCAUGAUCUGGCGCUGUUGGAUAGUCUGGGGCCGGCAGUGGGUGAUCGUUCUCUUGCCUAUACUUUUCCUUCUUAGCGCAACUGCGUUCAAAAUCAUCGGUGAAUACCAAGACUUCAACAUCUCCAACGGCUACACCUUUGAUUUCGUGCUCUAUUCAUCCUUCCUCCUCGCUACAACUUUGUGGUGCACCUCUCUUAUCGUUUACCGCAUUGUCACUGUAGGAGGCGAGGCAGUGGGGGGUGAAGUGAGAACUGACCGUCACAUCAUCGAGGUCUUGGUCGAGUUGUCGGCUCUUUAUUCGGCAUGCUUAAUCUUAUACGUGGGGUUCUACGCUCGUGAUUCUUACUUGGGACCGUACUUUGAUAUCUUAGCGGGAAGUACAAGGGGAAUUGCCCCGACGCUUCUUGUAGGGCGUGUCGCGGCAGGUCAUGCCCGCCCAGACGACUCUUGGCAGGGAAGCGUCGUAUUGGGUUCGCUCCGCUUUACUUUCGGGACGCACACCAGAGGCCAUGGUUCCACGAUGAGCGACGAUCCUGAAGCUCAGCGGGAGGGAGAUAGCGAGUAUGGCCAUCCCAUCCUCUUAGUGGAAUCCCAGGAAAAUGGUCUCGACGCCCAGCAAGAUAGACCGGAAGACGAUCCAAACACCGUACUCGUUGUAUCAAGGGAUUGACGACGUGAAAAUGUCUUUAUGACUGCAUGCAUUUUUGAUUGCCCUGUGUUCGUUUUGUAUCCUCGUGCUAUCGUUCAUGCUCUACUUCUUUACUGCUAUUGACUUUUAUGCACAUAUUUUAGCCUUUACAAAGGUUUUAGUAUCCUCUUACGUCCUCGUCUUGACGAUGAGGGGUGGGUUCCGGAAGGCUGCCGCACUACGACUCCCCCUGGUUUGUUGCCGACAGCAGAUGCACUGCCUAUGACUGGAGUGCUUUUUCCGGGCAUCCAAAAAAU